CUCCAAACCAAUAACCUUAAAUCAUUCGAAAAAUUCAGACAAAUCCCAUUAAUAUAUAUAUUGUGCGUGUUUUUAGUGUGUGUUUCUUGAAAUUAAAGAAAAAUUGAUAUAAUUAAUGGCGAAAUCACCACAAGAAGAGCAUCCAGUUAAGGCUUUUGGAUGGGCUGCCAGAGAUAAAUCUGGUCACCUCUCUCCUUUCCACUUCUCCAGAAGGGCAACUGGGGAAGAGGAUGUGCAGUUCAAAGUGUUGUACUGCGGGAUUUGCCAUUCCGAUCUUCACCAUAUCAAGAACGAAUGGGGUUUUGCUAUGUAUCCUAUGGUUCCCGGGCACGAGAUUGUUGGAGAGGUGACAGAGAUAGGGAGCAAAGUCCGUAAUUUCAAAGUAGGCGACAAAGUUGGUGUAGGGUGCAUAGUAAACUCGUGCAGAUCAUGCGACAACUGCGAAAACGAUUUAGAAAACUAUUGUCCGAAAUUAAUACCGACGUAUAGCUCAAUAAACCAAGAUGGGACACUCACACAGGGUGGAUAUUCAGACAUUAUGGUAUCUAACGAGCAUUUCGUGGUCCACAUUCCCGAUAGUUUGCCCUUGGAUGCGGCCGCACCUCUACUAUGUGCUGGCAUCACAACUUACAGCCCGUUGAAGUACUUUGGGCUCGAUAAGCCCGGUAUGCACAUUGGUGUUGUGGGCUUGGGUGGUUUGGGCCAUGUGGCGGUGAAAUUCGCAAAGGCUUUUGGUGUUAAAGUUACGGUUAUUAGCACUUCUUUGGGCAAGAAAGACGAGGCGCUCGGACAUUUGGGUGCCGAUUCUUUUUUGAUUAGUAAAGAUGAGGAGCAAAUGCAGGCUGCAAUGGGGACUAUGGAUGGUAUUAUCGACACGGUGUCGGCAUUUCAUCCUCUUUUACCGCUCAUUGGGCUUUUGAAGUCUCAUGGGAAGCUUAUCAUGCUCGGUGCACCCGAUAGACCUCUUGAGUUGCCCGUUUUUCCGCUACUUGCCGGGAGAAAGAUCAUAGCUGGAAGUGGCAUUGGAGGUAUGAAAGAGACGCAAGAAAUGCUCGAUUUUGCGGCCAAGCACAAUAUUACAGCGGAUAUUGAAGUCAUUCCAGUUGAUUACCUCAAUACAGCUAUUGCUCGUCUUGAGAAAGCUGAUGUCAAAUACCGUUUCGUCAUCGAUAUCGGUAACACAUUGAAACAUACUUAGGGAGAUCCCGAUUUGAGCUGCUGAAGAAAUUCUCUCCGUUUUUUUCGGGGGUUUAAUAAAGAUCCCUAUAUGGAUAGGGAAUGUUCGUAAGUUUUUAUAUUCUUAUGUAAUAAAAUUUCCCAUUUUCAGAGAUGGGAGAUGCUUGUUUUUGCGAUGAUGUAAUUUUGAUUGGAGUAAAUAUAUAAUAAAGUUUUUGUGUUUUA